AUGGUGGGAGAAUCAAUAAUGCCUUCUUCGUCGUCAUCGUCGUCGAUAUCUUCUUCUUCUUCUGAUGUACCACGCGCUACUAGAGAACAGAGGGGAAGGGAAGGAGAAACAGAGCAGGUCAAGUGGUCGGGAAACCUUAAGGAUUCCAGUCAAAAAACAAAAAGGGGAGACAGAACUUCAGUGGAUGUCGGUGUUGCUCGUGGAGUUAGUUCUGGACGGAAAGCCACACAUACAGAAGGCACGAAAAAUGUACUGUCUCGAUUAACGCCUCUGAAUAAACCUGCGGCAGAAGAUGCGCAGCCUCGCCAUCAAAAGAGGCACCCUGUGGGGACAGCUUUUUCUUCACCGAAUCUAAAGUCCUUAAAUACUCCCCUCAGUCGUGAGCAGGCGCGGCUUAUGGAGUAUUACCUCUCCACUGCAGUACCUAGGAGCAAUAAUAACUAUGUUGACCCACUUUAUCGCCACCUCAACCCAUCUGUUGGUAGCACGAAAAGCAGGCCUGUCUGGAGUUUGAACCAGCCGUUGCCGCAUGUUCUGGAUCAUUCGCUAGCUGAAAAAAUGCUAAAGAAGAACACAGAUGUCAAAUCUCGUGCUUCUUCGAGGCCCGAGUCCCGUGAAAUGUCCCGUGCAGGCUCUUUGGCAUCUAUGAACGAUUGGAAGAAAUUAAUUGGCCGCUCAGGUUCUUGGAGAAAGCUCAACGAUGUUGAGGCCCAAAUUCCAGGCGCUACUAAAAACUCAGGGCUAACGAGGAACCGGAAACAUUCUCAAAGUCAAAUAGAAUUCGCGAAUAAUCAGAGACGAGCUCAUCAUGCCGCUUCUUUUCAACUGGGAGAUGAAAGUUGUACACCAUCGCUGAGAGGCGAGGAUGUCCCUGCCCAAAUUCAAAACCAAAAACAGGCUGGUACCGCACCCACAGCCGAGGAGUUGCUUGAAAAGCGCUUUAGAUCGAGCCUCGAUGGAGCAACUCCCCUCGAUGGAGGUCGCCUUGGGACAGGUGACUCCGAAUCAGAACAGCUUGCAUUCACAAACUACUGGGCGAAGAUUAGGUACCGCUUGCGGGAGCCUUUUGCAGAGUUUCUAGGAACCCUUAUACUUGUUAUAUUCGGUGUAGGUGGUAACCUUCAAGCUACCGUAACUAACGGGAGCGGCGGCUCGUAUGAGUCUCUGUCAUUUGCAUGGGGGUUUGGUUGUAUGCUAGGCGUUUAUGUCGCUGGUGGUGUCAGUGGUGGUCAUAUUAACCCGGCUGUAACUAUAUCGAUGGCUAUAUUUCGAAAGUUUCCUUGGAAAAAGGUUCCCGUAUACAUAUUUGCUCAGAUUGUAGGUGCUUUUUUUGGUGGAGCAAUGGCAUAUGGUUACUUUUGGAGCUCAAUAACUGAAUUCGAAGGUGGCACUCAUAUACGAACAGCUGCUUCUGGUGCAUGUUUAUUCACUAACCCCAAGUCUUACGUUACCUGGCGUAACGCUUUCUUUGACGAGUUUAUUGGCGCGUCUAUGCUUGUAGGGUGUUUGAUGGCUUUAUUGGACGAUAGCAAUUCGCCACCGACAAAUGGUAUGACUGCUUUGAUUGUCGGUUUUUUGGUGGCUGCUAUCGGUAUGGCUCUUGGAUAUCAAACAAGUUUCACAAUUAACCCCGCGAGGGAUCUAGGUCCAAGAAUAUUCGCCUCUAUGAUUGGUUAUGGGCCACAUGCAUUUCAUCUCACACAUUGGUGGUGGACAUGGGGUGCUUGGGGUGGUCCUAUUGCUGGUGGGAUCGCUGGAGCUUUGGUGUACGACAUUUUUAUCUUUACCGGUUGCGAAUCUCCAGUUAACUAUCCCGACAACGGAUAUAUUGAGCAUAGAGUUAGCAAAAUUCUACAUGCUGAAUUCCAUCCUCAUGAUAGCCCGAAAUCCUCUGAAGUUGUUGUGGAAGAGGGGAGCAACAGUAAGGAUGGGAGUACCAAAUCAAACUCAGCCCAUUGA